AUGGAUUCUGUGGAUAAUAGAUCGAUGAGAUCAAGAGAGAACAUGGAGAGAAGACAGACUCCAUUGGAAGAUUCUCAAAAGAUCAUCAAGAAACCAUCCAUAGUGCCGCCGCAACAACACCUACACCACCAAGAACCGCCGCCACGUCAUCCGGUGGUCAUAUACCAAUUAACUUCCAAAGUUUUCCAUGUAGACAAGGAAAACUUCGCGGCAAUAGUUCAUAAUCUCACCGGAAAAUCACCCACCUCUUCUCCGUCCACGUCACCUCCGACGGCUGAUGCUUACCAUGGCUCGCUCUCUCCGGAGUCUCGGUUUUCUGCUAUGGAGAAUGCUAAUCAACCGAUCCAACGGCCAACACCCGCUGCGAUUUUAUCUCCGGGACCCACUUUCCUGCCGUCGAUAACUCCGGGCUUCUUUUUCCCGGUGCCACAAGAUUUGGAAUCCUUCGAUUUCUUGCUUCCGCCACCGUCCAUGGCAGAUGGGUACUGGAACCAGCAGAGACACCAUCAGCCUCCGAUGUCGUCGACCCCCCACGGCGGUCCUCCGAAACGUCACCGUUCUGACUUGGGGAAUGAUAUGCACAGUUACAUGUCACGGGAUGAGGAAAGAAGUAUCCCUCAUUCAGUAAAAGAUACAAGAACGAUUGGCUCAGCUUAUGACCUCUACCUACAGAGUGUGCAAACGCCUUCUGUGCCAUCUGAAGAAGCUGGUCCGUUCAACGGUGUUGGCAUGGGAAGAACAGGAGGUAAAAACAUGAUGAUGCCUGGUGAGCUAGUGAAUGGGCGUGGUGGUGGUGGAGUUGUGGCUCCGGAUUAUGGGCAACAUGGUCGGGGUAUGGGUUUCGGUCAGCAAGAUUUAGUUGGUAGGCCUAGUAGGGAACUGCUUCGUCUGCCUCCUGAUGCAUCAAACACUCUUUAUGUUGAAGGGCUUCCUUCUAAUUGCUCGAGGAGGGAAGUAGCUCAUAUAUUUCGGCCUUUUUUGGGGUAUAAAGAAGUGAGACUUGUGAACAAAGAUUCAAAGCAAAGGAAUGGAGAUCCUAUCGUUCUUUGUUUUGUUGAUUUUGAAAGUCCUGCAUGUGCUGCAACUGCUCGUACCGCCUUGCAAGGAUAUCGAAUGGAUGAAGAUGAAGCUGAUUCCAAGAUUUUGCAAAUCCAGUUUUCAAGAAACCCAGGUCCAAGACCAGGGCAACGCGGAGGAAGGAGGUGA